AUGGCCUCUCCAGGUCCUACUCAAGGCUCUGCACCAGCAACUCAACCUACCACACCACCUGCCGAAUCAUCCAUAGCGACCAACGGUAUCGCUCCCACCGUACCCACAACCUCACAAACAUCCGCAUUGCCUGCGACACAACCAAGCACAUCGACAGCACUUCCCCCAAGUAUCCCAGGUACUUCUAUCCAAGACAAUGGCAAGUCACGACGACCCCGUGACGUGCGCUUGAUUCAUAUGCUCCUCGCGUCUCUCGGCGUUACAGCCUAUCAAGACCGCGUGCCCCUCCAACUGCUCGAUUUCGCAUACCGCUACACCUCUGCAGUUUUAAACGACGCAGUUCAUCUAGCGACAGAAGGAUACGCUGGUGCUGUCGGUGACGCCUCAGGUAUAUCAGGCGGAAAGAAUGCGACCUCCACAGAGGUGAACGGGGUUUCGUUGUCAGCGCUGAGAUUAAGCAUUGCAUCGCGGCUACACUACCAAUUCCAGACGGGCUUGCCGAAGGAGUUCAUGAUGGAUGUUGCUUCUGAAAGGAAUCGCAUUGCGCUCCCGGGUGUCUCGAGAGGUUUCGAUCCCACUUCGGGUGGUGCGAAUGGUGCUGCUCCGAAUGCUGCGAACCAGAGUAUUAUGAUGGGUGGUAUGCGCUUGCCUCCGGAACGCUUCUGUCUUACUGGAACUGGGUGGACCAUGAAGGACGAAUGGGACAGUGAGGGUGAAGAAGAGGAAGAAAUGCCUGAUGCGCCGGCGCAACAGCUGGCUAGCGUGGUCAAUGGUACUGAGGAAAAUGAUGAUGAGGAUGACGACGGCGAUGGAAAGAUGGAGGAUAUCUUUGGUGAAGAUACUGUCAUGGGCGAGGCAGGUGAGGGUGAGGGUGAUGGAGAGGAUUGA